ACAGUCAGGGCUGGGUACCGGCAACGAUCGGUUCGAACCUCGGCACAGUAUCGAACGGAUCGCGCACAGAACAACAGCUGAACGCGCAAGCGGAACGCGCAAUUAUUGCAUUCGAUCGUCGUCGUCGAUCGUUGGAAAGUGUGUCCUCUACUUUUGGAGAUCGGUCGAUCAGGCGGCGGGUGAUCGUUGUGGUGGAUUUAGUUAAAGGUUACCGAGUGCUACUAUCUGGAGAGUGUUGCAAUAUAUCGAAUAACAUAAGAAAAAGCAACCAACGCGAUUGAUCGGAACUGACCACACGAACUCUGUUUCGAAUUGGCAAACGAGCACGUGUUUAUGAGUGAAUGUUGAUUGUCUAAUCGAUCUCUUCACAGUAAGCGGCACAGAGAUGGCAGCCCGAUCGCUAUUAGCACUGCAGUUGCUACUAGUUCUGCAGCUUCAUCUUGCCUGGGGACAAUACUUCGGCCAGCAGCUUAAGGGUGUGCUUCAAUGGAAGGCAGCCGACUUUGCCUUUCCUACGCCACAGGAGCGUCAAGAGGCACUGGCAUCAGGACGAUACGUUCCAGAGAACUGCAUACCGCUCGACAUGGAUGUAGAUUAUUCUAAUCCCGCUCGAUCGCGUUUGUUUGUGACCAUUCCGAGAUUUGUAGAGGGCAUCCCGUACACGCUUGGGCGUGUGAGCCGCGUUCAAGGUCCUUCUGGUCCGCUGAUUGAGCCCUUUCCCAACGCAGCAAUACAGGCAAAACCUGAGACCAACAACUGCCAAGGAAUUGUGUCCGUGUUCCGCAUUAAGAUCGACGAAUGUAACCGUAUGUGGGUGCUCGACACGGGAAAGAUUGGCGAAAAACGCAUCUGUCUGCCGCAGCUGGUAGUGAUUGACAUGAAGACGGAUAAAAUCAUCCAUCGCUAUCAAAUACCGGCCGAUCAGCUCGUGUGUGAACUGUCGCUGUUGGUAAACUUGCUUGUAGACGUACAGGACCCAUCACCGCUUGGAUCGUGCAAGAAUACGAAAGUAUACAUGGCGGAUGUCACUGCCCCGGCGAUGAUCGUGUACGAUAUGCCACGAGGCAAAUCAUGGCGCAUAACGAACAAACAAAUGCACCCCAACCCAGACCACGGUACCUUCACCAUCUCCAACGAGAGCUUCGAUCUGAUGGACGGCAUGGUGGCAAUGGCAUUGUCUCCGCGCAUACCAACGGACAAUGUGGUAUUUCAAUCAAACUACGGUACAAACUGGCGCCCGUCCAAUGACCGAUUGCUGUACUUCCAUGCGCUGGCAUCAGUGACAGAGAAUGCAGUACGCACCUCCGUGCUGCACAAUGACACCAUUUGGGAGGAAGACGUCGAAGCAAUGCCACGAGCCUUCCGCCCAAUUGGUGUACGCCCGUCGCAGGCGGUAGCAGAGGCCAUGGACAGCAAUGGAAAUUUAUUCUUUGGAUUGGUUGGGCAGAAUGCGAUCGCGUGCUGGGACUCGACGACGCCUUACAAUCCGGCCAACAUGCGUAUCGUGUCACAAAACAGUGAAACAUUACAGUUCCCUAGCGGAGUAAAGAUCAUACGGAACCGCAAGGGAGCCGAGGAGCUGUGGGUGUUAACUUGCCGUUUCCAAAAGGUUAUGACGGGAUCGUUGAACACAAACGAGACCAAUUUCAGAAUACAGGCCAUACAGAUUCCGGAGAUUCUUGGAUACAAAAGCUCGUGUAGAGUGUAAAGUUUUGGUAUGAUGUGUAUGGGAGAUUGAGGGAGAAUGAUUACAAAUAAAACGUUACCAUUAAGAAAUAAUUAAAAA